GCAGGCAAGCAACAGGCGUCCGCCGCCGCAUCGAAUCUUCUCGGGUCAGUUUCUCGCGGGAUCCAACGUUAUGAAAAUCAUAAACUAAUUAUUAUAAAAUAAAAAUACAUGAAAAAAGAAUUAAUUAAUAGAUGAAAGGCAACACGUAUUAUAAAAUAAAACGGACACGGCAGGAAAUACAAAGGAGAGAAUCAAGUGGACCGGACGACAAAAGAAAAGCAAAAACAAGUCUUGCUUCUGUUUUCGUGGAUCUCGUUAACUUCUCUCUCUGAUUGACUUAAUUUUCGCGAAAGUGGGCGUUCGAAUUGGAGAAUAAAGGGGAUGCUUUCCUUGUAGUUUAUUGGGAGGGAGAAAUGGAUUCGGCGAGAAGUUGGUUGCAGAAGCUUCAACCGCGAGAUAAAGUGAGGGGUUUGAGUAGGAAGAAGGAGGCUGGUAGCAAUGGAAGUACCGACGACUGUACGGAUGAAGAAGGUAUGUCUAAUACUACGAAGCAGAAGGUUGCCGCAGCUAAGCAGUACAUUGAGAAUCACUACAAGGAACAGAUGAAGAAUCUGCAAGAGAGAAGGGAGAGGCGCAAUAUAUUGGAAAAAAAGUUGGCUGAUGCUGAUGUCUCAGAGGAAGAUCAAAAUAACCUUAUUAAGUUCUUGGAGAAGAAGGAAACAGAAUACAUGCGCCUUCAGAGGCAUAAAAUGGGUGCUGAUGAUUUUGAGUUAUUAACAAUGAUUGGGAAGGGGGCAUUUGGGGAGGUUAGAGUAUGUAGAGAAAAGACAACUGGUCAUGUAUAUGCUAUGAAAAAGCUUAAGAAAUCAGAGAUGCUUCGAAGAGGCCAGGUUGAGCAUGUGAGAGCAGAAAGGAAUUUGCUUGCCGAGGUUGAUAGCAACUGCAUCGUCAAACUCUACUGUUCUUUCCAAGAUGAUGAGUUCCUUUAUCUUAUUAUGGAAUAUCUACCUGGUGGAGAUAUGAUGACUCUACUUAUGCGAAAGGAUACCUUGACUGAAGAUGAAGCUAGAUUCUAUGUUGCAGAGACAGUUUUGGCUAUUGAAUCUAUCCAUAAACACAAUUACAUUCAUAGAGAUAUCAAGCCCGACAACUUGCUGCUUGAUAGAUUUGGGCACUUGAGACUCUCUGAUUUUGGUCUAUGUAAACCCUUAGACUGCAGCACUCUUGGAGAAAAUGAUUUUUCUGUCAUGAACAAUGUCAAUGGGGCUGCACAGAAUCAGGAGCAGCCAGGAGUGCCAAAACGGACGCAACAAGAGCAACUGGAACAUUGGCAGAAGAAUAGGAGAACACUUGCGUAUUCUACUGUUGGCACACCUGAUUAUAUUGCUCCAGAAGUCCUACUGAAGAAAGGUUAUGGUAUGGAAUGUGACUGGUGGUCACUUGGUGCUAUUAUGUAUGAAAUGCUUGUGGGAUAUCCACCUUUCUAUUCAGAUGAUCCGAUGUCAACAUGUAGGAAGAUAGUAAACUGGAAAGCCCAUUUAAAGUUUCCUGAGGAAGCAAAAUUAUCUCUGGAGGCAAAGGAUCUUAUUACCAAACUCUUGUGUAAUGUCAACCAGAGAUCGGGAUCGAAAGGUGCAGAUGAAAUAAAGGCUCAUCCAUGGUUUGAUGGUGUCAACUGGGAUAAGCUUUAUCAAGUAGAAGCUGCUUUUAUUCCUGAAGUCAAUGAUGAGUUGGAUACUCAAAAUUUUGAAAAUUUUGAAGAGUCUGACCACCAGCCUAAUACGUCGUCAAAGACAGGUCCAUGGAGGAGGAUGCUCUCAUCGAAGGACAUAAAUUUUGUGGGCUAUACUUACAAGAACUUUGAAAUUGUCAAUGAUUAUCAAGCAGCUGGGAUAGCUGAAUUGAAGAAAAGCACCAAACCAAGCAGGCCCUCCGUCAAGUCACUUUUUGAGAAUGAGGUGGAGGAGACAUCAGAGUCGUAAGAAACAGCUGCCGAAGAGCAACAAUCAGCCACUAAGGAGUAAAAAUAGCCUACGCAAGGGAGCUUAACAAAUUCACUGCCCAACCCAUGAGUAGAACCGACUCAAAAUCUGAGUGAAUCCAUUUAUCUAGGCCAACCGACCUCUUAAUAUUUCAAACAGAGACAGCCCUCCUGCUCGCAACAGUUGGUAGAUUAUAACAUUUCAGUUAAUUUAGAUCUUUUUGAUGUUACCAUUUUCAUUCGAUUUAGUUGAACGCUCAAAUUCUUGAGGCCUGGAAGAAAAGUACUGGAUUUUGAUGCUACUGACCGGAGCAUUGAUGUAUUUUUUUUUUUUCCCCUUCUUGUUCUUUUGGCACAAAGCAUGGAAACAGGGAAGAGAAACCUAAUGGCUAAUGCUCUGAUUCAUUCUCCAUACUUAUUUAACUUUUUCUUUUUUUCCUUUAAGUUUUGGGGGCCAAUAGUUGUGCAAAGGAUACUUAUUUUACUUGUACCCAGCAUACAUACAUGUGUACAUUUUAUAAAUGAUACAACUUGUGUAAUACAGUUUGUUUAGGGAAAAAAAAGUUCCUAUCUACA